GGCGUCCUAGCCAAUCCGGCCGCGGGCUGCGUUUCUCCUGAGCCGGGUGGGACCGCACCCCGCGGACUCAGAAGCGAGCGGCACCCGGGGACCAUCCCACAGCAGAUUCAGUGGCCGCCAACGUCAGGCUGCAGUUGCCUCCUUCGUGGAUGUUGGAUGUGGAAGCCCAGGAGCCCCCCAAGGGGAAAUGGUCGACGCCGCCCUUCGACCCGCGCUUCCCCAACCAGAACCAGACCCGUAACUGUUACCAGAACUUCCUAGACUACCACCGCUGCCUCAAGACCAGGACCCGCCGCGGGAAGAGCACGCAGCCUUGCGAGUACUAUUUCCGCGUGUACCACUCGCUGUGCCCCAGCAGCUGGGUGGAGAGCUGGAACGAGCAGAUCAAGAACGGGACUUUCGCCGGCAAAAUCUGACUGCCCGAGCGCGGCUUCCUCUGAAGAUGCAGUGACCCUGCAUCUUUUUGUCUCGCGGAGCCCCGGUCUCGGUUAUCCACCCCUACCUCCCAGUGUCUAAGCCGCGAAUAAUGUUAUGCUGUU